GCAAUCAUAAAUAAUGCAAGUCUGGGUUAUGCAAAAGGAAUAAGAAUUUUGAUUCUUUUUCUAAUACGAUUGAUGAUUUGGUUGAGUUUUGGAGCACCCAGAUUGAGAAUUUGAGAAGAUACGAUUGGCAGAAACUAGAAGCUCUGAGUUUCCCAAGAAAAUUGCGGGUUUUCUAUUUUGUUUGAUGGUUACAUAUUUGCAAAGGGAUGGCUGUACAUAUUUAGAACAUUUCGAGGUGAGAAUAUGGGCAGCAUUUGCUCCAAAGGAUCCUCAGACAACGAAAAACUUGAUGAGUAUGAGAGAGAGAAAGAGCUUAACAAGUCGUCGGUUAACUCGGUGGCUCCCGCUUCCUCAAAGAGAGGGGAGUUUGUCGUAGAUGUAGCUGGUGGUGGAGGGCUUGAUGGCUCAUUGCGUCCGAUAGCUAGGACAACCUCACAAGCGAGUUCGGGGUUCCUAAUUGCAGCAAGCAAUGAAGAGAAGAAAAGUAUGGUUGUGGAAAGACCAACCAAUGGUCAUCAUCAGAGACGGGCAACAACGGAUAUGGGAUCGAGUAGAGGUCAUCCGGAGAUGUCUAGGAUCGGUAGCACUCCCCGUGGCGCUAAAGGGGAGAAAGAUUUAGCGGGAUGGCCGUCUUGGUUGACUUCCGUUUCAGGAGAUGCCAUCGAAGGGUUGGUGCCACGACGAGCAGAGUCGUUUGAGAAGUUGGACAAAAUUGGACAAGGAACUUACAGCAAUGUAUAUAAAGCUCGUGACCUUGAAACUGGCAAAAUUGUCGCAUUGAAGAAAGUUCGAUUUGUCAACAUGGAUCCAGAAAGUGUCCGUUUCAUGGCCAGGGAAAUUCAUGUUCUGCGUAAACUUGACCAUCCAAAUGUUAUGAAGCUUGAGGGACUAGUUACUUCAAGGAUGUCAAGCACCUUGUACCUUGUCUUUGAGUACAUGGAACACGACCUUGCUGGGCUUGCAGCUACACGUGGCAUCAAGUUUACCGAACCACAGAUUAAAUGUUAUAUGCAACAAUUACUUCGAGGACUUGAGCACUGCCAUAGUCGUGGUGUCCUGCACCGAGACAUCAAGGGUUCAAAUCUUUUGAUAGACAAUAACGGAGUACUUAAGAUUGGAGACUUUGGCCUGGCUACCUUUUAUGAGCCUGAUCAAAAGCAGCCAUUGACUAGUCGUGUUGUAACUCUGUGGUAUAGAGCUCCUGAGCUUUUGCUAGGUGAUACGGAAUAUGGAGCUGCUAUUGAUUUGUGGAGCACUGGUUGCAUCCUUGCAGAACUAUUUGCUGGGAAGCCUAUUAUGCCAGGGAGAACAGAGGUGGAACAAAUGCACAAGAUUUUUAAGCUUUGUGGGUCACCAUCUGAGGACUACUGGCAGAGAUCCAGAUUGCCUCAUGCAACUAGUUUCAAACCUCAACGCCAAUACAAGAGUUGUGUUGCUGAGACAUUCAAAGACUUUCCUUCUUCAGCUUUAGCGCUGGUUGAUAAUCUUCUUUCAGUAGAACCAGAGAACCGUGUAUCGGCUGCUUCUGCACUAAGAAGCGAGUUCUUCGAAACAGAGCCCCUACCUGAUGACCCUUCAAGUUUACCAAAAUAUCCUCCAAGCAAGGAGUUUGAUGCCAAGCUUCGAGAUAAGGAAGCAAGAAGGCAAAAGGCUGAAACUGUAGAAGGUCAUGGUUCAGAAUAUGUUAGAAGGGGUCCAGGAAAUACCAAGAUAGUGCCAACGCCAGAAUUCAAUGCCCAGGGUGAUAUUUCUUUUAAGAGACACUCAAAUACCAAAAUCUCAAGUCACAAGUACGAUCCCCUGGAGGAUGGUGGGUCUGGGUUCCGGAUGGAGCCACCUAGAGGAGCGAGCCAGAAUGGCUUCUCUCAUUCUAAUUCAACGGUACACCAUAGUGCAGUAGGAUCAUCAAGGAAUAAGAUGGCAACCGCUGCGCGGAGCAAUGGUGAGUCAAAGAUGCAGGGGCCUCACACGCCCCAGGCAACCACGGACCCAUCCAACUCUUCUCUAAAGAAGGAUGAAGGAAUGUCUGCAAAAGGACCUGAAAUGGGAUAUGUACCAAAGAAGAAUAGAAUCCACUACUCUGGACCAUUGAUGCCUGCUGGGGGAAACAUUGAAGACAUGCUCAAAGAGCACGAGAAACGAAUCCAACAGGCAGUACGUAAAGCGCGCCUUGACAAGACGAGGACCAAUAAAAACUACGAUAAUGACCACUAAAGAAAUGUUCGGUGACUUCCAAAAUCUGAAACUAGGACCUGGCUGCUCUGCUGACUGGUUACUGCAAGUUGCAACCCAGAAGGAAGCUUCUUUGGUUUAAUGUCAGAUAAUAUGCCAUGGCCCAUGGAGGUUUAACCAAGAAUUAGGUGAUUAUAGUUGGGUCCCCUCCCUCUCUCCUCUCCAAAAAGACAGAAAACCAAAAAAGAAGGAAAAAAGGAAGGCAAUUCUGGUGGUUUUUGUUACUGUGGGGGUUUGCUUUCAAGUUGGGCAUUUCCAGCUUUGCUACUUGCAACCGAGCGGCGAAAUCGUAGGGGAAUCGGCUGCCACAUCAGCCGAUAUAUUUAAAAAAAAAAAAAACAGAUGAAUCGUGAGAGAAGGAGAAAAGAAUUCAGAAUUUCAUAGUGCAAUAGAAAACCCAAAAGGCUGCUCUGCGUUGCAGUCGUCUGCACCGAUAAAUUAACAGUACCUGGAAAAAUUGUUGCCCAUUUUCAUGGUAAAUAUAUUUAAGCUCGUCCCCAUUCACGGUGUCCCGUCUGCAAGCUCCUACGCCCUACACAUAGAGCACAGCAUCUAUGUUCACAAGGAGAGGGAUUAUUCAAUUGUUACGUUGAAGCAACCCCAUC